GCAUGUGUUUGACGCUAACUGAAGAAGACGCUAGUGUUGAUCACGUGACGCGAGCGUGUCACGUGACUUUGGGUUUCCUGAUUCACAUGACGUGACACAAGACCGAAGAAGAAGAAGAAGAAGAAGAAGAAGAAGAAGAAGAGGAGAAUCAGGUGAAAUAGUACUCGUAUUAACAAACAUAGUCAAGCUAGUUGGGAGCAAACUAACUCGUUGAAUAUAAAAGAUUGUUGUUUUUCAUUGGCUGCUAAUUUAAAGUAAAUAACUGUAGGGAUCUCAGCUUAUAAUGGCCGCUGUUGACAGCUUCCAGCUUUUGUAUCGAGAAAUUGCCAGAUCGUGCAGUUGUUAUGUGGAAACGCUCGCGCUCGUGGGUGCGUGUUACACAGUCAGCAAGGCUGUGAUAUUUAUGAGGGACUGCUAUAGCCUGAUAAGGCUUCAUUUUAUUCCUCGUCUUGUGUCCCAUAGAGACCUUAGUCAGCAAUAUGGACAAUGGGCUCUUGUAUGUGGAGCUUCAGAGGCAAUAGCGAAAGCAUAUGCAGAGGAACUGGCAAGGCAUGGCAUCUGUGUGAUUCUAAUCAGCAGUGACAUCGGUAACUUGGCUGACACUGCCAAAGCCAUUUCAGACACUUACGGAGUAGAGGCCAUUUUAAUUGAAGCUGAUUUCAGUCAGGGGCCCUUGGCCUUCAAACCUAUUAAAGAUGCCAUCAGUGGUAAAGAUAUUGGAUUCAUUGUUAACAGCCUGGAUGGGUCUCUAGACCAUUCGCAAGACUUUACAGACCUCUCUGAAUCUGUAGUAUGGGAUACUAUCAAUAGAAAUAUAGUAGCUGCCACUCUUGUCACACGCCUGGCACUGCCCGCUAUGGUGGAAAGGGGAAAAGGAGCAGUGGUCAACAUUUCUGCUGGGCGCUGCUUGCGUCCGACUUCCAGAGAGGCUGCUCUUUCUGCAUCUACGGCUUUUCUUGAUAACUUCAGUCGCUCUCUGCACUAUGAAUUAUAA